AUGCGGACCCCUGGAAGAGUUUUAAAGCUAGUUACUCUUAAGGCCAAGCAGGCCAAUGCCCUCUUCUGGUCUCCCACUGGCAAACACAUGAUCAUAGCUGAUGGGUUAAAUGGCAAGCUUGAGUUUUACAUUGUGGAUAUGCUUAUGACUAUGGCAACCGUUGAAAACUUCAUGGCCCAUAUCAAGUGGGAUCCAACUGGAAGGUACGUUGUAACUGUAGUGGCAUCAGCGGUGAUGGAGGAUGGGUUUUACAUUUGGUCCUUGUAUGGGAAGCUGCUUUACCGAACACUCAAGGAACUUGUCUUUCAGUUUGCUUUGCGUCCAAGACCACCGUCUUUGUUGUCGGAGCAAAAGGAAAAAGAGGUGAAAAAAAAUCUGCGGCCAUACGUGGAGAGGUACGAGGAAGAAGACAAAGAAGUCUUGGAUUUGUUAAGCAGGCAAGAGAUGGAGAAGAGGAGAGUGAUGGAAGAAGAAUGGGAGAUGUGGAUAAACAAGUGGAAACAGCUGCACGAGGAAGAGAAACUCCAAAGAUUAAAGAGAAUUCUUCCGGAAUUGAUUUCCGAGACUCAAUCAGCCUUUGUGGCUAAGAGACUGAUAACCGAUAACAUACUGGUGGCGCAAGAAAUGUUUCAUGCUCUUCGAACCAAUCCGAGCUGUAAAGAAAAAUUCAUAGCAGUCAAGACAGAUAUGAGUAAAGCUUAUGAUCGAGUGGAAUGGAGAUUCAUGGAGGCCCUGCUGCUGAAGUUUGGAUUCGACCAUCACUGGGUAGGACUGAUAAUGAAGUGUAUAUCCUCAGUCUCCUAUCAGGUUCUUAUCAACGGGGAGGCAAAAGGUCAUAUCAUGCCAUCGCGGGGUUUGCGCCAAGGCGACCCGCUAUCCCCUUUCCUUUUUAUUCUCUGCACGGAAGUUCUUAUAUCACAUAUAAAACAUGCAGAAUCCUCUAAGGCGAUUACGGGUAUUAAAAUCGCAAGAGAGAAUCCCCCAAUCUCCCAUCUCUUAUUCGCGGAUGAUAGUCUGUUCUUCUGUCGAGCAGAUCAACCUCAAUGUGAGGAACUGAUGCGAAUCAUUGACGUCUACGGUAAAGCCUCAGGACAACAACUGAACAAAUCAAAAUCUUCAGUUCUGUUCGGUUCUAAGGUCGUAGCGUCCUCUAAACAAGGUCUGAAAAGAUCACUUGGAAUAACAAGAGAAGGAGGAAUGGGGAUGUAUCUUGGGAUGCCCGAAAAGAUAUGUGGCUCAAAGAAUCAAGUCUUUUCAUUUGUUCAAGAGAGGAUGAAUGGAAACAUCAACAACUGGUCGGGUAAACUACUUUCACGAGGAGGGAAAGAGGUGCAAAUAAAGUCCGUAGCACAAGCUACACCGACCUACGUGAUGUCAUGCUACCUUGUACCUCAAGGGAUUUGUAAAAAACUAUCCGCUGCUGUGGCGAGAUUCUGGUGGAGCACAAAAGAAAAUAAUAGAGGCCUCCAUUGGGUGGCUUGGGAUAAAAUAUGUGUUCCAAUAGAUGAAGGGGGUCUUGGCUUCAGAGAUUUUCGAGAUUUCAACCUUGCACUGUUAGCAAAGCAGGUAUGGCGACUCCUUGUGUAUCCUAACUCUCUCCUAGCGCGCGUCCUCAAAGGACGGUAUUACCGGCACUCGAACCCUUUGAGAACAGGGAAAGCUCAUAACCCAUCCUACGGCUGGCGCAGUUUGAUGGCGGCUAAGCAUGUGCUUGAAGGAAACCUAUGCAGAACAAUUGGAACGGGAGCGAGGACAAAGGUAUGGGAGGACGUCUGGAUCCCAGGAUCUCCGGCUAGACCGGCACGCCCAGCUCAGCUGGACUAUGAUCCGGACCUAAGAGUGCAUCACCUUAUAGAUUUUGAAACGAAGCAGUGGGAUGAGGCCUUCAUCUCUGAGGUGAUAGAUGCAGUAGAUAUUCCAUUGAUCCUUGACUUAAAAAUAAGCAAGACAGGACGUCAUGACGGCUAUGUCUGGAAGCAUACGUUAUCGGGGAACUAUACUGUGAAAACUGGAUACGAAGUUGCAGUGGCACAGAGGAGAAACCAGAGUGAUAUCCAGGUUUCCGAACCAAGUAUACGGGCUCUAAAGACGAAGGUAUGGAAACUGAAGACUGCGAGGAAGAUAAAGCACUUUCUCUGGCUAGCUUUAUCGGGCUUUGUAGCUUCUGCAAGUAAGCUCGUAGAAAGACACUGCGGUACAGACACAACAUGUCAGCGAUGCGGAUCAGCAGUGGAAAACAUCAACCACAUUCUCUUUGAAUGUCCACCAGCUCUACAAUGCUGGGCACUGUCUGAUAUCCCUUCACCUCCGGGGCUUUUCCCGUGCUCAUCUUUGUUUGUGAAUUUCGACUAUCUUCUUCAACAAGCGUCCAUAAACUCUAGCCUGUCCGAGUCCUUCUCGAUGUUCCCUUGGCUAGUAUGGUAUAUAUGGAAGGCGAGAAAUGAUAAGUGUUUUAACGGCAAAGACAUAUCACCGGUCGAUACACUCCAGCUAGCUACUCAGGAAGCCAUAGCAUGGAAAAUAGCUCAGCUGGGAGAACCUCUGGAGGACUCAGAUGUGACAACGAUGACGCAAACAAACCAACCUACGGGAACGUCUUCGGCAGACAUCUGGACCUGUCAAGUGGAUGGAUCCUGGUCGGCUAAAGAAGAAUGGAUGGGGCUAGGCUUUGUGUUAUUUGCAAAUGAGGAGAUUAUCUUAGAAGGACAGAGGUGCUGCACUCGCGCACAAGCACCACUUCACGCCGAAGCGGAGAGCCUAAGCUGGGCUAUGAAAGAGGUCACGAACCGCGGAUUCCAUCGAGUAAGAUUUGAAUCUGACUGUCAGCAGCUGGUCAACAUCAUCCUAAAAGAGGAGGAAUGGCCUUCAAUGGCGAAUGAAAUAGAAGACAUAAAAGCUACUGCUACAUGCCUUCAAAAAUUUGAGUUAUCUUAUAUAUCUCGUUCUUUAAACUUCCGUGCGGACUCCUUAGCUAAGGGAGGACGAUCACGUGCUUUGAGAUUUGAGAAUGUAAACACUUUGGUUCAUCAAGGGCUCGCUCAUGCAGCAGGCCUAAACGAACCAGUUUGA